AUGACUCCGCUCCCAAAACGAUGGGAACGGACAGCACACCCGAAAUCACUUGAACUUGCGAUGUUGGAGAGCAUGGCGAACAAAAAUGCUCCGAUGCUGAAGUCCAACUCCUUUACAGAUGCCAAUGCCACGCCUCCAACAACUGGGAGUAGAGCAAGGUACGUGAAUACACUAAGGAAUUCGCGUAAGCAUAUGAUGGAGAGAAUAGCAGUGGUCACCGGCUCUGCCGAUUUGACCACCUGCGUGAAAGACACUGCUCCCAGACCCAUGGAAAUGACUGCACCGUAA